AUGUCGCAAGAGGUGCGUGCACCUGCAAACAGUGUCGUGAGCUUUCGAAAGAUGAUUUUUACGGUGGUGAUUUGCACCGAAGUGAACCUGUAUGAUAUGGAAUGCGGCUGGGCUCCGUGAGAUGCCACGAGCUAUUUACUUACUUAGUACAAAUAGGAACAGGAAGUCCUACGAAGCCGACCGGCCAGUUCCGCCGUUGUCUCUUUUUUAGCGGCUGAGUAAGUCAGUGUUCGCCUCUACUGGUUGGUCUCAGAAGACCACACGAGAGAGAGCACAAAUGUAGGGAAUGCAAAUGGCCGAGCAAUGAGGGCGCUCGCUGAGGCGCCACAAAAAGAGUCCUAAUGUCUAAGUACAGCCAAGCGCUCACGGAGUGCCGUGGCUAACUGAAUCCAAAGCCUAGCGGGCGUCAGCCUCUCCUGCUCUCUGCGGGCCCUUUUGGAUCGACUGCGCCAAAAGGCUGCAGCUCGUCGGUGUUGCUCUAUUGCCUGGGCCGGCGAGGGCGGUCGGCGGCGUUGCUCUAUUGCCGCCCGCUUGGUGGCCGCCCGCUUGGUGGCCGCCCGCCCUCUCGGUCGGCCCGUCGCGGCCGCCGGCGAAGCGAAGAACGGCGCCGCCGCCGGCGUUUUCCGGUGGGGACCUGAUGGGCGGCGGGGCGAGACCGGUGUCGCGGGGGCUCGGGCCGAUGUUUGGGCGUUCGGCCCGCCGCUGCCCCUCUGCCCCUGGCGGGCCCCGUUUCUUUGUCUGCUUCUUGCCGCGGCCGGGGGGGCGGGCGCCCUCGCCCCCAACGGUCGCACGCUCGCCCGCCCAUCCUUGUUGCGCCCCGGCCGGGGGGCCUGCUAGCUAGCUUGCUACGUUCGCCCGGGCCACCGCCGCUCGGUGGCCCCGGGGAUCGAUGGGAGCCGCCCGGGGGGCGCCCAGCGGGGUACCGGAGGCGGGGGCGUUGCUUGCAGGCCGCACGGCAAACAGCCCCGCGGGGAAACUCCGAAGCGCCGCAAGGCCGGUAGGGGGGAGGCCAAUCAUGCCAAGGAAGCCUGCAGCCCCGGAGCGCAAGGUUUGCGCCGACCACAUGUGCGCGCUGGCUCAUUGGGAAGGGCCCGCGGCCGGGCGCCAAAAAGAAAGCUUCCCAGAGAGAACAUGCGCGCCCAGAUGUCCCAUCCUCUGCGACUACAUAGCGGGAAGGCGGGCGCGGUAGGAAUAAAAGAAGCCCCCGCAGAGGUGGAGGCAUGUGAAGCGCGGAAGGCAGGGCGGGCCGCGUACUUGUGGCGCGGGCCAGUGCAGUGCUUGGGCGCGUGGGGCUUCUGCCAAGUCGGCAGGCAGCGUGCGAGCUCAGGCGGGGCUUGGGCCAGCGCCGAAUGUUGCCCGCCGCCACAGACAGUUUCCGGGCGGCCCGGCGCGGCGGCUGCAUCAUCCACAUCUAUGGCGAAGCCGGAACCCCCGAGCCAGCCGCUUCGGCUAGGCCAUCGAUCCCGCAAGAACUUUCAAAGGACGGCGAGCAGUAGCGGGCCUUUGUUUCUUUUGGGACGGACCUCGCUAGCCAGGCCGGGCGGGCCAUGCACCACCCUGGGCCAGCAGUUCGGCCAGGACCUAACCGCGGGCCAUCCUUGGAUGGCCUGAGGUUCGCAAGCCAUCCAGGUCGGGCGGGCCCCGUCGGCCCGGGUGUUUUCCGUUGUUCCGGUCUCUCUUGCGAAGGAAGGCGCCAGCGGGCGCGCUUUUUGGUGGUGCAUGCCCGGCGACGCAUCUCAGCGCACGGCGCGUCUCCGGCCCCAACCUGGGUGGCUGGGCGCUCGCCUUUGCAGGCGGCGGCCCCCUCUUACUCUGACCUGAUUGCGCCUCCCUUGGUCGGCUUCGGCCCGCCGGGCGUCGCGCUCUCUGCCAAGUGGUAAAGCGCGCUCGCAGCACGCGCACCAUGCGGGCACUUCGUUGCCUGGCUGCGUCCCAAAAUGAUGGCCGUGUUCGCGGCAUAUUUUUAUUUUCCAUUGUUCGCCAUCCACCGCCCCUGAGGCGAAUGUUCUGCAGACAGGCCUGGCGUAGCUAAUUAGUAAGUAUCGACCCUCUCAAGCGUUACGGCUUCUUUUGCGGAGUGGAGAAGACUAAAGCAACGCGUGUGUUGUCAACCGCGAUCCCACUUCUCAGAGCCACGCGUUCUUUCCCUACUUCGUCUUCGAGGACGUGAGAAUAAGGGGAGAGCGAUGGAUUGCUUACGCCUUCCUUCCACGGGCACAACUCAAGGAUCAUGCUGAAGCGCAUUGCGGUGUUUAUUUGCAAAAGCUGGUGUUUUAUUUCAGACUGCAAAAGCCUAAGCCUUUGCCUCCCUGCACAGCAAUAUCAACCAUGACCCGUGUGACUUUCGUGGAUACGGCGGAGCGCAAGGGUUCCUGCGACAGCACCGGCGCCAAGUCUGUGUGUCGGGACUCCCCUGACACAAGUCCAGCGCGAAACGCGAUAAAGCCGUGGGAGCCAAAGCCCCGUCGCAGCACCACCAUACAAAUCACGUUCGCUCGAGAAAGGAAUGCAAAUCCAAGCGUUUACGGCACCGUU